AUGGUCAGUUCAGAGGAAGACGAGAGAAAUAAGAGUACAAACUCGGAAAGUAUGGCAGAGAAGCUCUCUGAAGAUAGCUCGAGCUCCGAGACAGAAUCAAGCUACGAUGAUGAGCAAGACGAAUCGUACAUCUUACUCUCGAAUGAUGAACUUAUCUCCGAAGGAAGUGAGGCUGAAGCUCAAGAAGAGGACUACUUUGGAAGCAGCUCUACUGAGGAGCAUGACGAAUCGGAGGCUGCAUGGACAGAUUCUGACGAUGACAGGGAUCUGAGAGACGAACUUGAGAAUGAGGCAACAUGGUUACACACUGAUGAACUACCAAAGAAAAUAUGCAGAACCUCCAAGAAGAUAUUCUUUAAGUAUACAAAACAUGUGUUUACUGCCAAAUGCAAGGUUAAACUAUUUAAAGUGUUCAGCAACAUUAAGAUUCUUGUUGAUUCGUUCAAUUUGAUAUAUUUUAUCAAAAGCUUUGAGGACUAUACGACAUUUAAAAUAGACUUUUUUAAAAUUACAGAUGUAUGCACCUUCAACGGACUGAUUUUGCUUUCAAGUAGCACAUCUUCAUAUAUCAAGCAUGUUACUCUUGAUGGAAAGGUUACAGAUAUUAAAAAGGGAACGGGGAACAUUAAAAAGAUGGUUUCAGAUAUAUAUUUGUAUAUCUUGGGUGAUAAGCUUCUUGCAUUUAACUCAAAUUUGAGCUUAGUAAAUGAAUUUAACCAUUCGUUCAUCGACAUUUGCAUUAUGUCCAACACUGUUAUCUGUUUGACUGCAGAUGGAGAUAUUUACACAUUUGACAAGAAGCUUAAUUUUGCAAGCAAGCAUUCACUGCAGCUAAAAUUUCAGUUCAAAGGCCUGUACUCGGUAAGAGAUAACCUGAUCAUAGCCACGGAAGACGGAAUGAUUAUUCUUGACUCGGACUUCCAAGAAAUCAAGGUAUUUUCGAAUCUCAAAGAGCCCAUUUCAUCUCUUGUUAGUAACGGCGAGUUCAUUAUUCACGGAUCGCCAUAUUCCAACAGUCUGAGAAUACUAAAAUCUGAUCUAACAUACUAUGAAAGGUUUCCGUUCUCUAAAAUCAACAUCAAUCCCAUUUCUACAAUGUCCAUUGAAAAGAACACCAUUUAUUUUAACGAUUCACGCUACAUUUCUUCUUUGAAGCUGGAAUACAUCUAA